AUUUUGAUUCGGGUGUAAACAGGUGAUGCCGAAUCACCUUCACACGUUAACGGGAAUCGGAUCCUCUUUACGCGGCGAAUCCGCGAUUAAGAAAUUAGAAGGCGAAUAACAUAUCACCAAUUGCCUAAACAUCACGCUGAAAUUACCACUCCUCCCUUUAUUCGCUUCCAAAAUAUAUAUAUAUACAUAAACACACAAUUUAAUUAUUUUAGUCAAACAAAUGGAAGCACAAGCUCAAGAGGAAGUUGUUGCAAGAGAUCGAAGAGCAGAUGCACUUGGCGAUUUCAAUGUUCUUCCUGAUGAAACUGUUUGUUCAAUUCUUGAUUUGUUAUCACCUCGUGAUGUUGCUCGUCUUGCUUGCGUCAGCAGCGUGAUGUACAUUUUAUGCAAUGAAGAACCUUUGUGGAUGAACUUAUGCCUAAGUAAAGAAAAUCGUCAGUUUCAAUACAAAGGAUCCUGGAAAAGGACUACACUGCAUGGACUGGAAGGUGUGCGUAAGUCAGAUGAGCCUAGCAGAAAACCUUUACAUUUUGAUGGAUUCAACUCGAUGUUCCUGUAUAGACGAUUAUAUCGUUGCUAUACCCGGUUGGAUGGGUUUGCUUUUGAUCAAGGAAAUGUUGAAAGAAAAUCCGACAUUUCAUUUGAAGAGUUCUUUGACCAGUAUGAUGCACAAAAACCCGUUCUAGUUUCGGGAUUGGCUGAUAAUUGGUUGGCAAGGAAAACAUGGACUCCUGAGCAACUAUUAGUCAAAUAUGGAGACACGCCUUUCAGAAUUUCUCAAAAAAGUGCUAACAAAAUAUCCAUGAAGCUUGAGGAUUACGUCUCUUACAUACAACAACAACAUGAUGAGGAUCCUCUCUACAUUUUUGACGACAAGUUUGGGGAAGUUGCACCAGAUUUAUUAAAAGAUUACAGUGUGCCACAUUUAUUCCCAGAUGACUAUUUUGAUGUAUUAGAUAGUGAUCAGCGACCUCCCUUUAGAUGGCUCAUUAUUGGACCAGAAAGGUCAGGUGCAUCUUGGCAUGUUGAUCCUGCUCUUACUAGUGCCUGGAAUACCCUCUUAUGUGGCCGUAAAAGGUGGGCACUAUAUCCACCUGGAAGGGUGCCUUUAGGUGUGACGGUUCAUGUAAAUGAUGAAGACGGUGAUGUUGACAUUGAAACCCCUUCUUCAUUGCAGUGGUGGUUGGAUUUCUACCCACUUCUUGCUGAUGAAGAUAAGCCAAUAGAGUGUACACAGCUGCCUGGUGAGACUAUAUAUGUUCCAACUGGAUGGUGGCAUUGUGUUCUGAAUCUCGAGACAACUGUUGCUGUAACUCAAAAUUAUGUCAACUCAAAAAAUUUUGAAUUUGUAUGUUUGGAUAUGGCUCCUGGUUAUCAACAUAAAGGAGUUUGUCGUGCCGGAUUACUUGCUAUUAGUGAAGAAGUAUUUGAGAAAAAUCAGAAGUUGAGCUCCUCAGAAUUGACAAGAAAGAAGAAGAGAGUCAAAAUUGAUGAACUCAUGGAGGAAUCAAGCUGUGAAAUUGCUACAAAUGGGGAAUCUGAUAUGGAAUUUUCGUAUGACAUAAAUUUUCUGACUAUGUUUUUGGACAAAGAGAGAGACCAUUACAAUGCCUUAUGGAGCACAAGUAAUUGUAUUGGGCAGAGAGAAUUGAGAGAUUGGUUGUGGAAGCUUUGGAUUGGGAAACCUGGACUAAGAGAUAUAAUAUGGAAGGGUGCUUGUAUUGCAUUAAAUACCAAUAAAUGGUCCACGUGCAUGGAAGAACUAUGUGCCUUUCAUAAUAUUUCUCCACCUGCAGAUGAGGAGAAGUUUCCAGUUGGCACGGGUAGCAAUCCUGUAUAUCUUGUUGGCGACAAUGUGGUUAAAAUCUUUGUGGAGGACGGGUUAGAGGCUAGUCUCCAUGCAUUAGGAACAGAGCUCGAGUUCUACAGUCUAAUGCAGAAGUCAGAUUGUACUCUAAAAAAUCAUGUUCCUAAUAUAUUGGCAAGCGGGAUUGUUCUUCUGAAGGAUGGGACAUAUAAAAUUAUGCCUUGGGAUGGAAAAGGUGUACCUGAUAUUAUUGCAAAACAUAGAACAAUGGUUUUGGGAACUUUCACCGAUCAUGAGUACCCAUUUGGCAUCUGGAGCAAAAAGCAAUUUGAGUACAGAAAAGCUGGUAUGUCGUUAGAGGAAUUGGCUAAAGCCGGUGGACAUUCAAACAUCUGGCCCUACAUUAUAACAAAAAGAUGCAAGGGAAAAAUCUUUGCUGAGUUAAGGGAUGCACUCUCAUGGGAGGAGGUUACAAAUUUAGCUUCCUUUUUAGGGAAGCAGUUGCGUGACCUCCAUGUUUUGCCUGUCACUCCUCUGAAUGAUUUGUCAUAUUUGCACAUGGAAAAGACAAUGGAAAUGGGUCAUGACAACGGUUUUAUGGAGAAUCUCAAUGAAAAGAUCAAUCUCCCAGCAGCAUCAAAAGUUUUUUUCACAAUCCUAAAUAGGAAAAAGAAGGAUGUAUCAAGUCGCUUGAUGAAAUGGGGUUAUCCGAUACCAAGUGCACUGAUUGAGAAAGUUCACGAGUACCUUCCAAAGGACUUUGUAGAGUUGCAUAGUCUGUUCAAGAAUGAAGAGGGUUUGUUUGAAGUACGCAAUUGUUGCUCUUGGAUACACACGGAUAUAAUGGACGAUAAUAUCCACUUGGAGCAGUGGCAUGUUGAUUCCUAUGAUGCCGGUAUCGUGAAUAGUGGUGAUAUGAAUGGCUCCAGCAAAGGGAAGGAGAUAUCAUGGCGUCCUAGUUAUAUUUAUGAUUUCAGCAAUAUGUCUCUAGGCGAUCCAAUAUUGGAUAUGAUACCUAUUCAUCUAGACAUAUUUCGUGGAGAUCUGCAGCUCCUGAAGCUGCUUCUUGAGGGCUAUGGACUUCCUUUUGGGAGAAGAAAAUCAUCUGAUGAUGGUUGCAAAGUCAGACAAAUAUCUUAUCUAGCCAUGUGCUAUUGUAUCAUACAUGAAGAGAAUAUACUGGGAGCGAUUUUCGGUAUGUGGAAAGAAUUGAGGACGGCAAAAUCAUGGGAGGAAGUUGAGGAAACCAUGUGGGGCGAUCUGAAUAAAUACUUAUAGGUUAUAGGGCCUCCGUUGACCUUUCAAGUGUGUUGUAACAUGAGGGUGCUGCACUUAUUUAUAAUGCCAUUUCUGAAUGGCAAAAUAAGAGAUCACAUAUCAUCAUCUGAAAGAGUAAAUUAAUGUGGUGUUUUGUACUUAAAGACAUGUAAAUUAAACAUAGAAUAAAAUGAUGCAUUUCUUACAUCUGAAAGGGUACUAUCAUUAUGCACUGUUACAGAGAGUUUGAUUGUGAA